AUGAAAUCUAAAGCCUUUAAUUAGAGUUGUUCCAUUGAGGGAAGAUUAAGAGGUACUAUAUAAAAUAGAUUUCAAAGCUCGUAGUUUAAAUGCAUCGUAUUAUUACGAAUUUUCAUUAGUACCAAAAUGUAGAGUCUCUUAAGCUACAAUUAUCAAAACAGAUAAUUAAGAGAAAACAAGAAGAUUACUAUUUCAUCAUAGUACAAUGUUGAUAAACAAAUUCAUUUAGAGGGAAAAGAAAUCAUAAAAGUAAAGAGUUUUGAAGGAUAAGAUGUAUGAAAUAAAUGAAUCCCAGUAACGGAGACUUAGCUGUCAUUGUAAUGAAUGUGGAAAAACAUCAAAUAAAAUGAAUAAAUUUCAUAAUAUAUUACCGAAAUCAGAAAAAUCCAUUAAAGAAUUCUGGUCCAGUUCAAAUUUACAUCCAUAAUAAUAAUCUUUACUUACAAUCUCAACCAAAUCAUUAAAGUCUACUACAACUCUCCACUCUAUUGAUAUGAGUCCUCAUAAAAUCAGAUCUAAGAUUGAAAGUCCAAUUUAAAAGAGAUUAAACUCAAACUAUAAAUUAAUUAGUGUACCUUCUUUAAAUUUGAAACCAUAUCUUUGGGAAUAAUCACCUUAAAAAAAAGUGAAUCAUCUCUAAACAGACUCAACUCAAUUAAUACUUAAACCCAUAUCACUAAGAGCAUCUGCACCUAAUUUAGAAACAUUUGAUUAUUCAUCUAAACAUAGUAGUCCAAGAAGAGGAUAAUCCAAUUAGAAUAUAAAAUAAGAAAUCCAAGUAUUGACUUAAAGAAAUUUCUCUAAAAGAAUGAUUUAAACUUGUUAUUUAAAGACAUUCUCUGGUAUUCACAUACGUAAUACAAUUAUGAGUACAAAAAAAGAAAUAAAGAAUUGA